CCCUGAGCAGCCUGGCACGUCUCCCUUUCCUCGGCAUAUCUUAUACUAAACAGAAAUGUCUUUGCAUUUGGCCUUCUCAGUAACAGAUUAGCGUAUGUGAUCCUUCAAGCCCUAAUACGCAAGAUUCUUUAUAAUCCCCUGAGCAGCCAGGUCUGCCGAUUACUUCAGGCAGCGCCUCCCUGCCACUUAACUGCUAUGAAAUUACAUUGUCUUGUCCGGUUUUUAAGCAAAUUUUUGCAGCAGGAACAGAUGCGUUUUUAUAGGUUGGGACUAUCUCACUCCUCUCCUUCGAAUCUGAUUUAAUCACUCCCCUCCUCAGUGUCCCUUCCAUCAGCGUAUUACUUGUUGAUGUUUUAGUGUCCAUCACCCCGAUCAGGGCAGCAGCUGAGAGCUCAGGCUCCACACGUUUCUGUUUCAGCAAAGAGAAAGUAGAAGAAUUCAUCUGAAAUUAAUACCUCAAAGGAAAGGCAGAGUUUGACAUUAAUCAGUGUGUACAUGGUGACUCAUCCUGUCUGCAGAAGAGAAGCGAGGUCUGUGCAGCAGCCACGCUUCUGGUGGAGACAUCAAAAAGCAACAAGGGAGCGAUCAAAUUACGGGAAGCUGGAAAAGCGGCAUAGUUGUAGGAUGCAACUAAAGAAAUUCUGGGUAUGGGAUCCUGAAUUCCCACAAACCCUGGACAGCAGAGCUGGGAUAUCCCAGACAUCGGGGAGCUCCUUUUGGGACCAGACAUGGGACGGGGGGAUGAAGGACAACAGUGCUGUGGGCAGGGCAUUAUUUUGUGGCGGGGCAUUCAGAGCUUUUUGCUUGCUCGAUGUGCAAUCAGAGCCGGUGGUGUGUGUCUGGGGGGUCCUUGCCCAGGGUGGGGGACAGCUCUCCAGCACAGAACAACAGUGCAAGAUCCUCACUGGCAUCACAUGCCAGGGACGCUUUGGGGCAAAGGACCACCGGCCGCAGCACGUCACAGGUGCGUUCUUCAGCCACCCGGUGCCACCCAAGUGGAGGAGGAACCUCAGGGGAACGAGGAAGGCGUCCCCAGCUCUAGCACACUGACGGGACACCCAGGCCCCCGCUCUGUGCCACGCUUACAGCCGGCUUUUGGGCUGACCAUCGUUCCUGCCCUGCGAUGCCCGGGGAAGGCUGAUGCACACCCCGGGGGGCUCGUUUCCCGUUGGCCCCCCGCCCCGUCCCUGAGUCACUCGCUCCGAGGAGAAGCACUUCCCCUGCGCGUCUGCAUCUUUGCGUGGGAGGGGAUGCAGGAAAUACCAGUGCCAGCCAGCCCACCCGGCCCUUCCCUGCGGGGACGACGCUCGUUAUUCCCCCCACACCCCCCCCGCUCCUCGCCCCGGGGCCGCGCAUCCCGAGGGGCAGGGCGGUGCCGGUGCCCGGGGCGGGUCCCGGGGCCGAUCGAGGCGGAGCCGUCGAGCAGCCCGCUCGGUGCCUAUGGGAAACCCUGGGGGAGGCUGCGGGCCGGUGGGAUGCCCAUGGCUUUUAGCCCGGGGUUGUUGGUGGUGGCCGGUUCUUUCGCUGCUUUCCGUUUGCUGAACCGGGGAUUGGAACGGCUGGUGCCGCCGCCGCCCUCGGCCCGGCGUAACCGCUGGAAGUGGCGGAACAUCUGGACGUCGUUAGCGCACAGCGUGCUUAGCGGCGGCGGGGCGCUGGCAGGGUUCUGCCUCCACCCCGGGCUGUCCGAGGACCUGGUGGGCACGCACCCACCCGGGGCACACAGCCUGGUCGCCGUAUCUGUAGGUUAUUUCCUUGAAGACUUCGUGGACAUGUUGUGCAAUCAGAAACUUCACCAGUCCUGGGAGCUGCUCUUCCAUCACUCUGUGGUGAUUGUCUGCUUUGGUAUUGCAGUGCUGCUCCAUCAGUAUGUCGGGUUUGCCCUCGUGGCUUUACUGGUGGAGAUUAACUCCAUCUUCCUCCACCUGCGGCAGAUCCUGCUCAUGGCCAAUCUGGUGCACACCACCUGCUACCGCCUCAACAGCAUCAUCAACCUGGGCACCUACGUGGUGUUCCGCAUCGCCACGCUGGCCUGGAUGACUCGCUGGCUCUUCCUCAAUCGGGAGAACGUGCCCCCAGCAACGUAUGCUGUAGGCACGGUGGGCAUGGCAAUCAUGACACCCAUGAACAUCAUCCUCUUCUACCGCCUGCUGCGCAGUGACUUCUUCAAGUCCUGCCGGGAUAUGCAGAGGGAGAAGGAGCAAUAGCCCCCUUCCCCGCAAGGUCCAGGGCAUAAGCAGCCCCAAGCCCAUGGAGGAGGACAGCAAAGCGCAGUAGAGCAUGAACAUGGCUGUUUCAGCACUUGCGUGGAGGGUCCACACUAACAGAGCAUCCAGGCUUUUCUUGUGGCUGCAGAUCCUGGGCCCUGCAAGAGAAGGUGCUCACGGACCAGGCACUGGGGCUUUGCUCUCCCCGCACCUUUGGAUGACGCGGUUGGAUGACUGGGAGCUGCUCAGAGAAGCCUCGACAGCUCUCGCAGCUCCUCGAGGCACCGCUGAGAUGAGAAGGGAGCAGAAGAGCACCGUUUCCCCACUGCUCUUCUCGACAUCCAAACACCACAUUGUGUUUCUAACCCCUUUGGUGCUGCAUCCCGCAGCGUCCCAUCAGCCAGGGGACACUGCACUCAGCCCUGCGUUCUCUGUGGCACUUCCCAUGGGAGCACCACCAGGCAAGAGAGGCUCCAAGGCUUCACCCUCGAGGCCAGGGCCUGUAGAAGCCAAAUCCUGCACUCAUGAGUCCUCCCCAAGGAGAUUGUCCCAGGUGGGUGAUGGAGGGAGAGGCUGAGACCUGUCUGGGUAGGAUGCUACCUGCUCUGGGGUCCAGGUCGGAGGCAGAGCACUGGGCAGCGGGUGCUGUGGCACUGUGCUCGGGGCCAACUGGCCAACUUCUCCUGACAACUGGAGCUUUUUUCGUGUUGUUUUGUUCCCAGAUAUGUUAAAUGCCCAUAAAUGGGCAUGGGAGAGUGUGAGCUGCUGGCUGGGAUGAUGCUCUGUGAUGGACACUUCCCACAGAUGUGAAGUUUUCAGGCAUAGGCAUCUAUUGGGAUUUAGGCAUCUAUUAGGAAUGAAAAGUUCUGCUACAGAGCCCAGUGUAAUGCUUUUACCCAGCAGCAAGAGCUCUUACUAACACGAGCUUUUAAUAAAUGGCUGCAAAUGAA